GGCCUUGCGAGCUACGUCUUUUCGAGAAGAAAAAGAAAGAUUGGACGGGAUUCAUCGAAUUUCCCCCUCCACGGGAAUCGCGAUAAAGAGUCUUCGAUUCGAAAAAGUGCCAAGUUUCUCUCGCAAGUACUCUUUCUCCGUCACUGGUACACUGCUACGACACGUACACCUACACACACACACACACACGAACACGAACACGCGCGCACGUACACGUACACGUAUACACGGUCACGAAACCCAUAUAUACGUAAUCGUCUUUGGUUUUCACGGUGAUCUGUACACGUGACACAAACUGAGCAUCGAAGAGGCUCCAAGGCAAGAGAGCGGCGUGCUGCUUGUUCGAAGCGAGAGGAGAGAUAUUCGUCGAUCGUUCGAAUAUCUUUGUCAGCCUGCCUGUACGCUGAGAGCAUCGAAACGGGUGUGCUUCCAAUGUAAAUCCACGAGAACGUAUCGUCGGAGUGGCAGUUUUUGUGUUCUCAAAGUUGAUACGUACGACCGCGGUUUCUUCUUAACUGUUCACCGGCUAUCGUGCUACACCGCGCACGCUGUUCUGCUCUGCUCUGCUCUGCUCUGCUCUGCUCUGAAAGGAGAAGAAGAAGGCUAGUCACGGCCGGAUCGCGACUACGUUAUAACCUAACUGCAGUGUGUUUUUGUGCGAAAACGAGGGAAAAUGUCGACAGCCGUCAUGAGCACCCCUAUGUUCGUCGAGUGUAGCGAGCACUUAUUUAAGAAAAACGGCCAGAUUCUUCCUGUUUUUUCCACUUACGCGCGUUUUAUACGAAAAGACCAGAACAGCCCCGCAAAGACGAAGGAGCCAACGUCGACAUCGACGACGAAUACCUCGAGCAACGGUUCAGCCGGGAAUAAUGGCGGACACGCGCCUCUUCGCCGUAGCUACACCUCCCUGGUAACAACCCUGAUCGAACAGCAUCGUAAGCUAGAUCGCAGCGCGAGCGAGCCAACGUCUCGCUAUAAAACGGAGCUGUGCAGGCCAUUCGAGGAAAGCGGCACCUGCAAAUAUGGCGACAAGUGUCAGUUCGCUCACGGUUACAGCGAGCUACGGAAUCUCGCCCGGCAUCCGAAAUACAAGACCGAGCUGUGCCGCACGUUCCACACGAUCGGUUUCUGUCCGUACGGACCCCGUUGCCAUUUCAUUCACAACUUCGAGGAGGCUCGAAUUCACAAUCAAAAAGUGAGCGCGCAACUAGGAUCCACGCAACCGAACAUAAUGGGCUUGAAUCCUAUUCUAAGCGCGGCAGCAGCCGCAGCCGCAGCCGCAGCCGCCGGUGGAAAUACCUGCAAUGGCUCGAACGUCAAUCCGACGACGAUCAACAGCGUCGCUCUGCUCGAACAGAUCGCCGCCUCGCCUCAGGUAGCGGCAGUCGCGGCCGCGGCCACCCCCAACCUCAUGAGAGCCAAUUCCUUGAGCCUGUGUAGUACCACCAAUGCGUACAAUCCACCGCCAUUGCUCAGAACCAACUCGUUGAGUCUAACGACUAGCCAACACCACCACCACCACCAUCACCACCACCAUCAUCAUCAGACUGGCUCGACGACCGUUAGCUCGUCGGUGAUCGGCGCCACCAGGCCGAAGCCGACCUUUUCUCUCGGCAGCACCGGAGACUCGGUUUCCCCGUCGUCCAGCCUCAGUCAGUCGCCGACCAACUCUAUGGCGAGUUUCUUCAGCGACGACUGCAAUCAGCAACCGUCCGUUACCUCACCGUUCAGUUUCGGCCAGGAUUUCGGGCUCCUUGCCACGAGACGAAGCCCCAGCCCUCGAACCAACAGCGUAUGCAGUCCUUUGAGCUCCGACGAGCCCACGCCGAGAACACCGUCUCCGCUCUCACCGAACGCCGAGUCCAGACUGCCAGUCUUCAACAGGAUCAGCAGCACCCUCGCCGACUUUGAGAAUCUUAAGAUCUAAGGGAAUUCUCUUCUGGGUCCUUCGACUUCCUUUGGUAUAUUCUAUUUUCCUAACACUCUUUCUGAUAGAUAUGUACGGCAACGUUUCAAAGAACGGAGCAAAGUGAGUGAGUGAAUGAGCGAGAGAGAGAGAGAGAGAGAGAGAGAGAGAGAGAAAGAGAGAGAGAGAGGACGAUAAAAAGAGCGUUGGACCCAUAGCACACGCGUUUAUUUAUACAUGUAUCGACCGAAAAGACAGGCGAAUAUUUAGGGAGAGGGGACGGACUCUUCCACCGACUCAAAGAGGUUUUUCCUUUUCUCUUUUCUCGUUUUUAAUAUUUGAACUGUAUUUCUUGCAUCAGCAGACGGGCCUUCCUCUCCGUCGUACGUGGCUUCUUAUUUAAGCGUUUCUUUCUUUAUUCCUAGAAUACGUUAGGCAUCUUACUCGUUCUUUAAACUGUCAUUUCUUCAUAAUUAUGAAUAUAUUAUUAUUAUUAUUAUUAUUAUUACUUUAUUAUUAUUAUUACAUAAUUAUACUAUAUAUAUAUAUAUAUAUAUAUAUAUAUAUAUAUAUAUAAUAUUAUGUCAGUAUAUUCUAUUGUCAUCGCUACGAUUAAUAUUAAUAACGUUAUCGGUAAUAUCACUAGCGACUCUGAAUAUCGCCGUUAAUUUCAACCGCAUUAGUAGCGUCAGUCACUUUGUGGCUCCGACUGCAGGCCCGUUUCCAUCUUUUUUCUCUUCUUUUUUACUUUAGGUUUACGCUCGUUUAGUGGAAAGGUCGAGAUGGUAUCAGCCCGGAUGUCUCGACCUGCUCGUGAGAAUCCUUGGAUGAUUCAGCCGUGGAAAAGAAGAAAGAUAGAGAAAAGAAAAAGAGAAGCGUAAAGAUCCGGGAGCAAGGAUAGCGCGAACGUAAGAAUAUGCAGAAACGAUAAGGCGGCAAUGGGAGCGAAAAGGUACGGGAAGGACGAGUCCAAGUUUCUACCGAAUUCUGACUUCGCCCGAGCAAGUUGUUCUUUGAUCUCCUUUGGACUCGCGCAGCCCCAUCUCUCGGCAUCUCCGCUUUCAAUGCCCGAUCCUCGGCUUUGUCCUUGUUUCCCCGUUUUGUUGCUUGGUUCAUGCGAGGAUUCUCGCAACAACGAGGCGUUUUUCCAUCCGGGGCAGGUGAAAUGUUGCAAUAUUUCAAACCAACUCGUUCCGUUUUUUAAAUAAUUCCUGGAUUUCUUCUUGCGAAAAAGCGGCAGGGGAAAGUAGACUUUUGAGAGUGAAAGGAAGGCGAGAUCGAGUCGCACGAGAGAAAUAACUGAAAGCAAAACAGAUGGAGAGGAAGAGGUAUAUAUAUAUAUAUACAUAUGUAUAUGUGUAUAUAUAAUAUAUAGGUAUAUUUAUAUAUGCACCCACACGCGCGUGCACAAACACGAGUAAAGCGUGUCGCGUUGGUGUUGUGUUUAGGUGACGAAGCGCACGAGAUCACAAUCAAAGAUCAUGCUAUGCAAAUUAAGUGGCUUAGAAACUGCGAUUGUCUUCCAACGUUAGAGCAAGUAAGAGUGUGUUUGUGUGUCAGUGUGAGUGUACAAUCUCGUGAUAUUACAAAGUAAUCUAUACAGAGUGGAAGAGAGAGAGAGAGAGAGAGAGAGAGAGCGAGAGAGAAUGGUGAGAGCAAGAAGCGAGCAAAAGGAAGAUAAUGAGAGAAAGUGAUCGCGCGCGUGUAUGUUUGUAUGUAUGUAUGUAUGUAUGUUUGGAUGGAUGGAUGGAUGGAUGGAUGUAUUUGCGUGUGCGUGUACGUGUGAACGAAUGAGCGUGCUCAUUUAACAAUAAGUUAUACGAAGAUGGAUAUUUUUAUAGACGAGAAUUCGUCAGGGCUUUCAAUCGUUUUACGCGUUCAAGGCGAACUUUGUAUGAGAGACGUUGUACGCCAACCAGAGGUUGACAACUGAUUUAUACGUUCCCCGAGAAAAAAAGAUUUUUGUCUUUGGAAUAAUGUUCUAUCCUGAGACGAAAA